AUGACGUGUGGCGCGUGGCACCAAACUAACGGGCAAUAUCCUCGGCUGUCUCCACAGUCCGUGGAACACUACCUCACCAGUCAUGCCGGCGACAGAGCGGGAGGAGAAUGGGAGACGUUGUCUCUGGCUGGGUUCCAGAAUAACGGCGAAUUGGACGAGUCCUGCGAUAGUCGGAAACGCACUGGGGCGAUCGGUGUACAGAAGAGUUUCUUUUUACGGGAAAACCUCACGCUGGCUGUCCAGGAACUGCAGAAGUACCCACAGAUCGAACGGGACUUCCGGAAUCAGAGCCUGCCAUUUCUUGACUUUGUCGAUGCCUCCUGGGCCGAGCUGGCUGGCUCGGGAGUCUGGCUGCCCCAGCAGCAUGUAUACCUGACUGUCAGUCGGGUGAUCUACUAUCCAUCAGGGAAUCUCGCGGUGCCGACCAUCAGUUUCCUGCGCGGGCGGGUCUUCGACAGGCACUGGAAGCCCCUGCCGAACUAUACAAUCGAAUGGAACGGCGAGCGGGUUACCUUUCCGCGGUUUUUCGACGUGCCCGUGGACUGGAAGGAAGACAUGACGUUUCUCGGUCCCGAAGACCCGCGCGUCGUCCUGCAGGAGGACAUGUCCGGCGCGGAGCCGGUGAUUGUCUUCAACAUGGCCACGGAGCAACAGCCCGAAGGAUACUGGAGACGGGCCAUGUGGAUUCACCGUCCCUUUUCAAACUUCAGCACUGCACUCACGAUCCGCAACGAGGAGCCGCAGUUCGUCGAGAAGAAUUGGGCGCCUUUCUUCCAUGGCAAUGAAUCCCAAACCCAAAGCCCGAGCGAGUACUUGCACUUCGUGUACACGCUGCAGCCGCUCCGGAUCCUGCGCUGCCAACUGUUCCACGGGUUCUGCGACUGGGCAUUCCAGUCCGAGGACCCAAAAACGCCGCGGCAGCGGAUCGAAGACAAUCCGGACAGCCAGGGGAGCAUGCGAGGGGGCACGAACUUCGAGCGGGUCCCGAUUCCAUCUGCAGAAAACAACCACCUGCAUCUAUACGCAGGGUUCCCGCGCACCCAUCUCCUCGGCGGCUGCACGCCCAACGUCACUUACCGUCCGGAGCUAGUGGUGCUUGCCAGCGUGGGACCGGCGUUCCACGUCGUGUAUGCCAGCGACGCGAUCGAUUUCGGGACCGCCGUGCUAGACGAGCAACACUCGCCCUGUGAAGACGAGGCGCGCAUCUUGAUCCCCAACGGGAUCAUCCACUGGGAUCGGCGGGCGCGGCAUGAUCUGAUGCAGUUGGUGGUUAGCGUCGCCGAUAGGACGAUCCAGGUGGUUCGUCUCCGCGGGGUAUUGGGGCUUAUUGUUCGGUCGCUGCCGGAUUUGCUUCAGGGAGGGUCCUGGGCGGCUGGUGGGCGGCAAGCGGUGGAGUGUGCGGUGCAGGCGGCGGUUAGGGAGAGCGGAUUUCCCUAG